UGCCUGUGGAGGGGUAGAUGAGUGGCAGAUGGGAGGGGAUUGCUGGGCAUUGACAGUCUGUAGAGAAUCACCUCAAUGCCAUCUCUUCCUCCUCCAUCCCACCCCACCUCCAUCGCCAAGGCAAACAUGGCCGACCCUCCAGACGCAGGCUCUUCCAGCGAGCCGCCGACGAUUGCCAAGGCCGGAAAGCAGUGCUUCGACCUGUUCCAGAAGUGCUACGACUUGGGCGGCCCCCUCAACGUUCUGCAAAAGUCGCUGCUCGAGGACCAGCUUACCCGAUUUACAAUAUGGACCAACAUGAUGGGCGUUUUCGCUGGGGCGCGGGCGUCUAUGGAUCACCGCCUUAGGGAAACGCCUGAAGUCCGGGACACAGUUCUCAGCGUGCUGGAAGGAUUGGCAGAGCAUCUUGAAACCUAUUCGAUGUUGUUGCAGAGCCAGCCCAAACACGGUCCAGAAAGUGACAGCCCGAGAUUGAAGACUCUCGAGCGUCCGUUACGAGAUAUGGCUGGGGAAAUCAGCAUGCUAUUCAGGCUGUCCAACGUCAUCCGCAAAGCAAGUCGUGAAUCCCAAAAUAUCAAGGCCGCCAGGAAAUUCCGCAUUCUAGACGGCGAAGGCAACGACGUGGAGCCACUGCUCCGGCAACGGUUUGUCUGGCACAUUCGCAGCCAGUUCGCAGCGGAUAUCCAGGACCCCGCCGAGAAGGCUGCCGCAGAGGAGCUCACCCAGCGGCUCGCCUCCACAAUGUUUCUCCGUCAGAAGCGAGUUAUGUAUCGGAAAGAGCGCUAUGGCUCAAAAAAGCCAAUCGCAACUGCCAAGAUGAUCCAACCGCCCCAGGUCGACAUUCAUGUGGCCAAGGAGCCUGUCCAGUCACCGCUCGUCACGCCCCGGUCCACAGAGAUUAUUCCUGUGGCUGAUCAUCCGCCGGUCGCGCCAAACCUUUUGACCUCCAGGGCGACGUCUGCGGGUGGCAGUGUAACUACCCUGCACCAGGACCGGUACAAGAAAGCUUCAUCCCCAUCCUCCAUCUCGGGAACCCGCACAAUACCUCUAAGCUACAACAAAGAAGGCAAUGCCCUCGAGUUUCCCCAGCGCCCAUUACGCCACGGCGGCAUUGACAAGAAGUAUCAGAAAAAGAAACAGGCGAGAUGGCAAGUGUUUGUGAAAGACAUCCCGCGCAUAUUUUCCACCGAGGGAAAAUCUAGGGACCAUGAGGAGCUGCCCAUCUCACAGGCCUCCGGGUUUGUCGCCGCUGUUCAGAAGCUAGACAAAGACAUGAAAUCUGACUUCCAGGGGUGCGUGGAUGCAGUGGCAGAGUUCACGUGUCCCAUAUGCUUCCACGCACUCAACCACGAAUAUCUUACCGAUGUGAGGAAAUGGGAAUCACAUGUAACAAGUGACCUCGACGCAUACGUCUGUCUCUUCAAAGGCUGCGAAAGCCCAGAGGAGCUAUACACCCACAGCAAUACCUGGAUCAGCCACAUGCGCAAGCACGCGCAACGCUGGCGGUGUAUCACCAAGUCCCAUGGGAAACGGGACUUUGACACAAGAGAGGAAUACAUCCAACACAUCCAACAAGACCACCCCCGACGCGCUACUGGGGAUCUAGAUGUGCUUGCCGAUUCCAGCACAUGGACACCGGAGCAUCUCUUCCCGUCCUGCCCCUUAUGUGGCGAAAUGCCAGAUUCUGCAGACAUGUCAGGAGCUGGCUGCUCAGAGAGUCACAUUGCCCACCAUCUGAGGGCACUGGCUUUGACAUCUCUUCCUAAGGAAGAGAAGUACGACCCAGAAAACCCUCAUUACGAAAGGCUUUCUUCAAACGCUUCCCAAGGAUCCACCCGACCUACUGUUGCAGAGGAUUCGGAAGAGAAAGAGCAGGAAGGUCCAGAUACCAGCCAGCCACACACCAGCGAGGAAAUGGACAUGUUUCCGACAACGCAAGAAGAAGAAGAGGAGAGGGCGCGGUCAGAGUGGACAAGAGCAUUAGAACAACAGGACAUCCCGAAGUCGUCCAAAUAUGGGCGAGCUAAGUUUGGUGGUCCCGAUCUUGAAGAGACGGACCUCCUCGCAUACCUCGCCAACCCACCAUCAGAUAUUGUUCUCCGCGAGAUCGACUUCGAGAUUGAUGCGUUCCGACGCAAUCAUGACGCUGAAUAUACGCCUCAAAGCCAGCGGGAAGAGGAACAAAUAGGCCCAAGAAGUCCAUACUGGCCCUAUGAGAUGCUUGUCGAAUACGCGAGUCCACCAGAAACGGGGGAAUGGCGAAGCGACCCCGUUAUACAGGCUUUCCUCAAGCGCCAGUCUGGCGGCCCCAUAGCUCCAGAGACCAUGAUCGAGUCCAAGGAGGUCUUGAUUGCGCUGAGGAAACUUCGGAAACUGGUUGGCAAACGAGAGGCGGAUGCCUUGAGGGGCAGCAUCGAGCAGCUGAUAAAGGCAACCCCGAGCCCUGUCCCACCGACGAAGGCAGAAGACGUUACGCCCGAGACUCCCAACGCCGCUUCGUACGCCGUUGGCUGGAUCACCAAACUGCGGUUGGAAUUCAUCGCCGCCAGGUCAUUUCUUGAAGUUGAACACCACUUCAUCGAACGCCUAAGCCGAGAAGAUCCCAAUUCGUACGCCCUAGGCAGAAUUGGACAGCACAAUGUUGUGAUAGCGUCCCGGCCUACCGAGUAUGGGCCAGUCUCGACAGCCUCGGUGGCCAAGAAUAUGUUGCAGGCAUUUCCCAAUGUCCGCAUCGGGCUCUCUAUCGGCAUUGCAGGUGGCGCACCGCGUCCCAGCCGCGAUAUACGACUUGGUGAUGUCGUUGUUGGUGAUUCGGUUUUCCAAUACGACCUGGGAAGAGGCACUAAAAGUCAGCACUUCACGCCACCAAGGGUUCUUAGGACCGCAGUGGCAAGUCUGGCUGGGGAGUACCUACGACCCGGCCGUCAGCUUGCACUGCAAAUCGAGCAAGCCCUGAACUAUAUGCAGGGGGACCUGUACUCCCGCCCAUCUGCCAAUACCGACACGCUUUUCCGGCCCGAGAUUGAGCAUGCAGCCAGCUGUGGUAGUGUUUGCGCCGCCGAUCCGCAACACCUCGUCAGUCGGCAGGAGCGGGAUGUAGAUGACGACGAUCCCGCGAUCCACCUCGGGCGGAUGGCCAGCUCCGAGCAACCCAUGAAGAACUCUCGUAUCCGUGAUGAGCUGGCGGCACGGCAUCACGUGGUAUGCUUUGAGACGAAAGCAGCCGAUCUAAUAGAUCAAUUCCCUUGCUUGGCCGUCCGCGGCAUCUGCGACUACUCGGACUCUCACGGAAAUAGGAGCUGGCAAGGCUUCGCAGCUAUGAUGGCGGCAGCUUAUGCGAAGGGUCUUUUGAGACACAUCUCUCCUGCCCUGGUCGAAGCGGAAACGCGGCUUAUCGAGACUCCAAGUCAAGCCCACGGGAAAGCGCACGAAACGCAGCAAGCCCUACUGUCAGAACAGCAGCCUCUCGAAGAUUACACCAAUGCCAUCAUGGACUGGCUAUCUCCGACAGGCCCGUUGGGAAAUGUGGAUCGCGCAAAGAGGAUCCGCCACCCUGGAACCGACCUCCUAUUAUCGAAUAAUUCGGUCCUCCAAGAAUGGAAAUCCGGGGCACGCCAACAUAAAUAUCUGUGGCUCCGUGUGCUCCCCGAGUCUGACAGCAAGUUUCUGGGCACAUCCAUUAUCGACAGUCUUCGUGAACAGGUCGAUCACCCGAGUCUCCAUUUCUAUUUCGACAAGCGCGACGAACAAAGGAAGACACUGGAUGACAUGCUGCGGGCGUUCGUCGUUCAGGCGCACACUCAAGGCAUAGGCCUGCACGCCAAAGGUCAUAUCGCUCGGUCGUUCAAAGCACACAAUGACGGCACGGACCAGCCUACGACCGGGACACUUUCAGACAUUGUAAACACCUUACUGGCAGUACAACCCAACACUUCGAUAUUCCUCGAAAACGUGAACGAGUCGACACUGGUCUGGGUGAUCGUCAACUGGAUCGAGAAUAUCUUUAAACGAGGGCUCGCCCGGUUGAUCCUCACCAGCGAGCCAGUACUCGAACUUGAUCUCAUACCGUCCUUGUUCGGCGAGGAAAAUUGCAUCUCGCUGGACGACGGGAGGACAUCCGAAACCGACAUGCGUGCAGGUUUAAUGCCAGCUGUCCCCGACGGCACACGCAACCCGCAGAUCGAAGAGCCUUUGCUCAGCGAAGAAGCCACACGCCUUCUACAGUUUGUCUUACAUUCCGGCCGAGAAAUAUCACUGCCAGAAGCGACGGACAUCAUGGCUACACGGGUCGAAACCGAGCCCCGAGGCUUCAACCCUAAACGAAGGCCGAUAGGCAAAGCUGACAUCAUCAAACAGUGCCCUGAGAUGCUGUGGUUCACCAGUCCGAAUACUCCGAUAUCCGCGGGGCACAGGGACCCUAAAAUUCUCACCAUCAACCACACCACGUUCAAUAAGGAGGGUCUUUUUGAACAGGACAGGUUCAGCGCCACGACCUCCUACAUAUCUAUGACCAGGACGUGCCUGGCGUACUUGGCAGACAUCGACGGGGAUUGCGCUGAUAUUGAGACCGCAUUUCCCUUCUCGCGCCACGCAGCCGAUGCCUGGAUGUUGACCGCCGCAAAAGCCGAAAUGCCAGAGGACGCUGUUCGAGAAGCUGCCAUGUUCCUACAAGACCAAAGGACCUUUCAGCUUUGGCGCCGCAUCUAUGAGGGGGACUACAGCUGGCAUGCAACACGCCCGCGCAUUGCUCAAGGGUCAGCGCUCUAUUACGCGUGCUUCUUUGGGUUCAAGCAAGGCGCAGAGUGCCUGAUGGGAGAUGGGGCGGAUGUUGACGUGCAGGGGGGCGUGCACGGGAGCGCGCUCCAAGCGGCCGUAUCCCAAGGCCAUAAGGAAAUUGUCCAAUUGCUGCUGGAUAGCGGUGCUAACGUUAACGCGUGGGGGGGCGUGUACGGGUACGCGCUCCAAGCGGCCGCAUCUGAAGGCUAUAAGGAGAUUGUCCAAUUGCUGCUGGACAGCCGCGCCAACGUUGACGCGCAAGGGGGAAGAUACGGGAGCGCGCUUCAAGCGGCUGCGAAAAAUGGCCACAUUGGUAUUGUUCGGCUGCUGCUGGACAGCGGCGCCGACGCUAGCGCGCGCAGCGGCUCUGGCGACAGCGCCUUCCGCCUCGCCGUGUCGGGGGCGGUCCGCCCCGACAUCGCCCGGCUGCUGCUGAAGAAGAGGACCGUUCUAACACGCCCGCGUCCACCGUGGGUCGAGUGGGAGCAACACGUGCGAGACGUUGAGCCACACCCCUCUGGGCCAUCUAGUACUGGCGGGACCGUAGGCAGCGACUCGGACAGGGCCGAGAGCGAACGCUCCUAGCCAUCCAACAACGAAAGCCCCAGAACGGGCAGUACGAGCCAAGCAAACGAAUCCAUGGCAGAGCAGUUUCCCGGUUCAGACCCCGCCCUCUCCCCUCCCCCCUCCCC